AGCUCGUCUGAUUCUUUUUUUUCUUAAUUUUAAUUUUUUUCGUAUAAAAUUGAGAAUGAAUAAUUUUCGAAAUGGGACACCCUUCAAAACGGGGGUGGUAUUAGUUCUCAUAAUUUUGGGGUGGGGAUUUGAACUUGGGAGUGUUAAAGGUCGGAAUAUUUUGGCCGUGGAGUUUUUCUGGAGUAAAAGCCAUGUAAUUACGUAUCUUCCCUUGCUCGAGGAAUUGGCGAGGAAAGGAGACAAGUUAUGACAUUAUUCUACAUUUUCCUCAUAAUAUUGGUUGGAGCUCAUGGGGAGGAACUUCCCGCCAGGGUCCAUGUCCUUUCCGGGGUCUUCACCAAACCGGUUCCGGAUACUGUAAUCACCUGUGAAGAUACAACUUCAAUUUUCUUUAAGGUACAAUUCAAUUUUACUUCGCAACAGAAUUACUUUAUCCAAGAUUUAAGAGACCACUGUCCUCCGGAUUUCGGUCGGGGCUCGCUGAGCCCUAUUUGCAUGAUGGGGCCUUACUUAACUGGAAAUUUUAAAGCAGUCACUAACCGCCUAAAUUUAAUGUACCAAUCCUUAACGUCUCUCAAACCAAUUAUUCCGCACAUGGAAACAAUUUCAACGGUAAUUUCCAAAAAUAAACGUUACCCUGAGUAUCAUCCCAUUCAAAUUAACCCGGUUUUAACUGACGAUUUAGAUUUAAGUCAGGAAACUAAGAAAGAAUUAAUCACGACUAAACCCACUACUACCCCAAAACCUUUGAUUCAGGGAGAUCCUUCUGACCCCCGUACUCGUUUUCAAAUAGAGCACGAUGAGUUGGUUCGCCGAACUCUCAUGCAAACUAGACCCCCACUCAAUCAAAUGCAAAUCCAUAUUCCUCCUCCUACCACGGCUUUACCACCACCAGCAACUUUAAGUCCCUUUGACCAGGAGGUUGCCAGAUUUCGAAAUCGAAAUUCUGAGGGUUUCUCACGUCAGGGAAGAAGUAUAAUGUGGGAGAAUUUCCAUAAUACUAACAAUACUCGAACCAAGCGUCAGGCUGCUCUGGCAGCUUUGGCGGUAGGAUGGGUAGGUGCCCAACUGUAUAAUUAUGUUGACCCUCCGUCUGCUGCCACCGACUUUUCAAAACAAUAUGAUCACUUGCAGAAUAGCAUCGACAUAAAUUCUCGAAAUGCUAUUCGGCUCGCUAAUACUAUAACCAAUCAAAAUCACAUGAUAGGUUUGGGGUUCUUAAAUAUUUCGUCAUAUUUGGGAACCCGAAUCAAACAAAAUAAUAAAAAGAUAGAGGACAUGCAAAAAAGUUUUCUUUUCCAGGCUCAUAUGUCAGAAGAUAUUUAUCGAUCUUUAGAAUUGUUUCAGUAUGCGAGUAUCCAAUCGGCCUGCAUGACUGGUCGUUUGUCGCUACAAGCCGUAGACUAUGUUACCCUUAAUCAGGAACUAUUAACGUUAAGAACCACAUUAAACAAAAAUAAUAUGACGCUAGUCAUCCCUCAAGGAAGACUAUCCUCAUAUUACCAUUAUGAACUCACACGAUGCUCGUUUAAGCCAGAACAAGGAAUUAUAGAGAUUCAGUUAAAUAUACCUAUUAAGCCAUUACAUGAGCAGAUGGAAAUUACCGAAAUUUUUAGUAUUCCCUUUUUUCAUAAAACAGAUUUGGGAGAACCCCAAAUAUGUUUUGUGCAGCAUAGUCAUGACUUCGUAAUACUUAAGAAUGAUAUGCCUUUUCCCAUCAGUAUGGCCGACACCAGCCACUGUAGAAUUGCUGAUGGUAUUUGUCAGUACUUUUCCUUAGCAACACGAGCUACAAGUCAUGCUGGGUGCGUCAAGGCCUUGUUGGCUCCGCAGGGUACUCGUUUUGAUGUGCUACAUCAAGCUUGCCCAUUUAGUUGUAGAUUAACAAACUCAGCUGAAGUUCUGGUUACCAAAUUAGGUUGGCACAAUUCGUUGUAUCGCUAUGCCAUUACGCAACCUCCUCUAAAUGCAGAAAUUAUUUGCAACAAUAACUCCACCCUACGGAAUUUUGAACUACUUCAACCCAAUACUACCUCACCCUACGGUGUAAUUAUAGUGGAAAUCCCUUGUAAUUGUUACAUAAAUUUAAAUGACAAGCAUCCAACGGUCGUACCACCUUUUCCUUGUCUUAGUGGACAAACAGAUAUGCACACUUUCAAAACCCCUCUACUAAAUCUAAUUAUCCCCAGUGGCUGGAGCAAGAUAAAUGUCGCGGAACUCACCAAAGCUAAUAAUUAUAAUCAGAAAUUAUACCUCACUGAGGGAUAUUCAAAUUUAUCAGAUAUUUAUAAUGAAAAAUGGUUUGAAAAGGACAUUGUUCUUAAUCUUACUCAACCAGAGGUCCGAGAUUUUAACUCGUUUCAACAAUAUGUUUUGGACUAUCACCACUUAUUCAAUCCUGCCAUUAUUACCGUUUGGAUGGGAUUUUUAUCCCUCUUCGCUAUUUUUCUUUAUUACAAAACCUGGAAAUUACCACAACAACUAUUUGCUUUUGCCAUGUUUAUUCCCGGUGCAAAAGCUGAAAACUUGUCCAUUAUACAACAUAAUGUGGUGCUCUUUGUAAUCACCAUUAUAAUCUUGAUUUCCUUGAUUCUGUUUCUUAUUUUUCUGUGUUGUGGAUUAUACUGUAAACAACGAAAGUCAACCCAAUCAUUAUCUUAUCCACGAGGAAUAGAAGGCGCGUUUCAAACUUUUCAUAUCUCCACCCCGGAAACGCCUCCAUCAUUAGAUCCAAAGGAUAUCUUCGCCGGAUACAUCACUGUUCGUUAAAAGUCCCUUGGAUCGUUUUAAAUAUUUCUGAAUCUUUUAAUUAUGUUGUCAACUCGGAUCGUUUUUAAUUUGUCCACUCUACACGCAACUCUAAAUAUAAGGUGUAAAUGAGUUAUGACUGUCUCUAAUCUAAAAUUUUGUCUUUAUGUGCUGAACCAACUGUGGGAUCUGGAGCUCUUGGGUCUCAUCUUCGGGCCGAUUUGCUGCUUCAAGCGGGCGGAGCGUCACACGUCGUCACACAUAAUACACGACGUCACAAGUCAGCGCAUGAACCCUUCACGUCACGACCUCCCUCUACAUGUGAAAACAGCAAAAUCAGGCCAAAAUGGGACUCAAACUUCAGCUAGAAUAAUAUAAUAAUUUAUAUAAUAUAUAAAUACAUAGAGAUUUAGAAAUAAUACACCCAAUUCGAUAUAAUAAAAAUAAA